UGUCCCCUCCUCCUCCCUCCCAGAAGCCCCCGAGCACCCACGCCAUGAAGGAGGAAACCUUCCUUCGACGCCGCUUCUCUCUGUGCCCGCCGACCUCCACCCCACAGAAGGUCGACCCCCGGAAGCUCAACCGGAAUCUGCUUCUCGGCGGAGAGAAUGAACUUUACCCUCUCAGCCCAGGAAAGGAAAUGGAGCCCAACGGACCAUUGCUGCCAAGGGAUGAUGGGCCCCCGACCCCAGGUUCUGCCACGAAAGUGCCGCCGGCAGAGUACAGGCUGUGCAAUGGAUUCGACAAGGAGUGUGUGUCCCCGACGGCCAGGGUCACCAAGAAGGAGACUCUUAAGGUGCAGAAAGAGAACUACCGCCAGGAAAAGAAGCGGGCCACCAGGCAGCUACUCAGCGCCCUGACGGACCCCAGCGUGGUCAUCAUGGCUGACAGCCUGAAGAUCCGCGGGACCCUGAAAAGCUGGACCAGGCUGUGGUGCGUGCUGAAGCCGGGCGUGCUGCUUAUCUACAAGACACCCAAGGUGGGCCAGUGGGUGGGCACCGUGUUGCUCCACUGCUGUGAGCUCAUCGAGCGUCCCUCCAAGAAGGACGGCUUCUGCUUCAAGCUGUUCCACCCGCUCGACCAGUCCGUGUGGGCCGUGAAGGGCCCCAAGGGCGAGAGUGUGGGCUCCAUCACACAGCCCCUGCCCAGCAGCUACUUGAUCUUCAGGGCGGCCUCCGAGUCAGACGGCCGCUGCUGGCUGGAUGCCCUGGAGCUGGCCGUGCGCUGCUCCGGCCUGUUGCGACUGGGUGCCUGCAGGCACGGCCGCGACGGGGACCCGGGGUCCUCACCCGACGCCUCACCCUCCUCGCUCUGUGGUCUGCCCGCCUCGGCUGCCACGCACCCGGACCAGGACCUGUUCCCGCUGAACGGGUCUCCCCUGGAAAACGACGCGUUCUCAGACAAGUCGGAGAGAGACCACCCCGAGGAGUCGGACGCCGAGGCCCAGGACCUCAGCCGGAAGGCCGAGAGCGGCAGCGACCAGUCGGAGACGCCCGGGAUGCCGGUGCAGAGAGGGACCACCUAUGUGGAGCAGGACCACGAAGACCUGGCCGAGCUCGUGUGGAUCCUGCUCAAGCAGCUGCGACCAGGCAUGGACCUGUCACGCGUGGCGCUGCCCACUUUCGUGCUGGAGCCCCGCUCCUUCCUCAACAAGCUCGCCGACUACUAUUACCACGCCGACCUGCUCUCGCGGGCCGCCGUGGAAGAUGAUGCUUAUGGCCGCAUCAAGCUGGUGCUGCGGUGGUACCUGUCCGGCUUCUACAAGAAGCCCAAGGGAAUCAAGAAGCCCUACAACCCCAUCCUGGGGGAGACCUUCCGCUGCCGCUGGUUCCACCCACAGACCGACAGCCACACGUUUUACAUCGCCGAGCAGGUGUCCCACCACCCGCCCGUGUCCGCCUUCCACGUCAGCAACCGCAAGGAUGGCUUCUGCGUCAGCGGCAGCAUCACGGCCAAGUCCAGGUUCUACGGGAACUCCUUGUCGGCCCUGCUGGAUGGCAAGGCCACGCUCACCCUGCUGCCCCGUGCAGAGGACUACCUGCUCACCAUGCCUUUCGCCCACUGCAAAGGACUCCUGUAUGGCACGAUGACCAUGGAGCUGGGCGGCAAGGUGACCAUCGAGUGUGCAAAGAAUAACCUCCGGGCUGAGCUGGAGUUCAAGCUUAAGCCGUUCUUUGGGGGAAACACCAGCAUCAACCAGAUCUCGGGAAGGAUCAUGUUGGGAGAGGACGUCCUGGCCAACCUCAUGGGUCACUGGGACCGGGACGUGUUCAUCAAGGAGGAGGGGAGCAGCAGCCCCGAGCUCUUUUGGAGUCCGAGAGGCGAGGUCCGCGUGCAGAGGCUGAAGCGCCACACGGUACUGCUGGAGGAACAGACGGAUCUGGAGUCUGAGAGGCUCUGGCAGCACGUCACCAGGGCCAUCAGCGAGGGUGAUCAGCACCGGGCCACACAGGAGAAGUUUGCACUGGAGGAGGCCCAGCGGCAGCGUGGCCGUGAGCGCCAGCAGGGCCUGGCGCCCUGGAGGCCGCGGCUGUUCCACCUGGACCCCGUCUCCCAGGAGUGGCGCUACCUACAUGAGGACCGCAGCCCCUGGGACCCCCAGAAAGACAUCGCCCAGUUUGAGCAAGACGGUGUCCUGCACACCCUGCGACGUGUGGCCGUGGCCCGCCAGACCGCCUUCCUGGGCAGCCCGGGGCCUAGGCAUGAGAGGCCCGGCCCAGACCGGAAGCUGCGGAAGGCCAGCGACCAGCCCUCGGGCCACAGCCAGGUCACCGAGAGCAGCAGCUCCACGCCUGAGUCCUGCCCCGAGCUCUCGGACGAGGAGCAGGACGGCGACUUUGGCCCUGGUGGCGACAGCCCGUGCCCUCGGUGCAGGAAAGAGGCACAGCGACUGCAGGCCCUGCACGGGGCCAUCCUGUCCAUCCGCGAGGCCCAGCAGGAGCUGCAUAGGCACCUGUCGGCCAUGCUGAGCUGCACGGAGCGGGCUGCCCAGACGCCGGUCCCAGGCCUCCUGCAGGGGCCCCGCUCCUGGUUCCUGCUCUGCGUGUUCCUGGCGUGUCAGCUGUUUGUCAACUACGUUCUCAAAUAA